AUACAUUCAUAUGAUUCGAAUGAAUCAUCUGUAUCCCACCCACUAAAAUAUAAUUUUGGUUAAUUUACUACUCAACAAAAUAAAUUUAUUGGGAUACGCAUCUCACGUGACUCUCCUACUUACUUAUUUAUCCCUUUGAUUGUAAAUAAAACCAACCCACAAAACUGAUGAGGAGGAGGAAACUCAGAGAAAGAGAAUAAAUUAGAGAUGCCUGAGUUUUGUGUUACAGGGGGCACUGGAUUCAUAGCUGCUUACCUAGUGAAAGCCUUAUUAGAAAAGGGUCAUACAGUAAGGACUACAGUAAGAAACCCAGAUGAUUUGGAGAAGGUUGGUUAUCUUACUGAACUAAGUGGAAACAAAGAGCGAUUGAAGCUUUUAAAAGCAGAUCUGUUAGUGGAUGGAAGUUUUGAUGAGGCAGUGAGUGGUGUUGAUGGUGUGUUUCAUACAGCUUCCCCUGUUCUUGUUCCAUAUGAUAACAACAUUCAGGCUACUUUGAUUGAUCCAUGUAUAAAAGGAACACAGAAUGUGCUCAACUCAUGCAUCAAAGCAAAGGUGAAACGUGUGGUGCUAACAUCUUCAUGCUCUUCCAUAAGAUACCGUGACGAUGUGCAACAAGUUUCUCCUCUUAAUGAAUCUCAUUGGAGUGAUUCUGAAUACUGCAAACGUUAUAACCUGUGGUAUGCUUAUGCAAAGACUUUAGGAGAAAAAGAGGCUUGGAGGAUUGCAAAGGAAGGUGGGAUUGAUCUAGUGGUAGUUAAUCCCUCUUUCGUUGUUGGUCCACUUCUUGCACCACAGCCAGCCAGCACACUGCUCAUGAUACUAGGCAUCAUCAAAGGUUUGAUAGGAGAACACCCAAACACAACGGUGGGCUUUGUCCAUAUAGAUGAUGUGAUUGCAGCCCACAUAUUGGCUAUGGAAGAGCCCAAAGCAUCUGGCAGGCUUAUUUGUUCAAGCACUGUUGCUCACUGGUCUCAAAUCAUCCAAAUGCUUAGGGCUAAAUAUCCUUCCUAUCCAUAUGAAUCCAAGUGUAGUAGCCAGGAAGGAGAUAAUAAUAACCAUAGCAUGGACACUACCAAAAUCACUCAAUUAGGAUUUCCUCAAUUCAAAUCCCUUGAACAAAUGUUUGAUGACUGCAUCAAAAGCUUUCAAGACAAAGGAUUCCUGUGACUUAAUUAGACAUAAUCUUUGAAAUGUGAAGGGAAAUAUAAUUUUUAUUCCUUUCUUUCUUUUUCCAAGAUUUUUCUCUAUUUGUGUCGUUAUAUUCAUGUAAGAAAAGGUUUAAUAUUGUAUUGCUCUAAUUUAUCUUUUUAAGGUUGUUUACAUUUAUCAAUAGAAUUAAUAAAUUUUAGUCUGUAA